CACACAUUAAGUGAGAAAAGUGCGCCAUAUCGCAGCUAAAUGUCAGCUGGGCUUUGAAAUUGUUGCGUGUGACUUCUUUUUUCUAUUUAAAGUUUGAGCAAAUAUUUGGAACACCACCAAUGUAAAUAGUCGACGAUUCAAUGCAUAAUUUUAUUGCGAAUACGAGAAUAUUAAAGUUUGUGCCGUGUAAAAUCAAUUGACGCGAGAUUUCAUUAAAGUUUUUGGACAAGUUUUUUCUUCGUGGUCUGUUCUGAGUGUUUGCGCAUAGUGUGUAAAACUGAAGAUAGCAAUACAGAAAAAAAUUAUGUUUACAUGCUUAUCUGCAGCCGCAUUCAAGCCAAAAGAAGUAUGAUUGCUUUCGAAUUCAUUGAGUGCAACAUUUUUGCAAAGAAAUAUCUCUUGCAUUGAUAUAUUUUAUGAGCUGAGCACAAGCAAAGUGUUUCUCUAUCUGUGUGGAACAACCUGUGAAUUAUUCUUUCAUUUUUUUUUCUCUUUUUUUUCGUUGUAAGUGUAUUUGUGUGUGCUAUUUAAAGAUGUAUCAAGUAGAGUGUUCGACAUUUGUUCUGGUUUCAAAAAUGAAAUGAUGAUGUGAGGUCUGAAUUAAAUUGCCCUGUUCAACGACCAAACGAGUGCAAACUUGAAAUUAUUUAUGCUCAAGUGGUGUGUGUGAAACGAGAAAAAAAUUUCCUUCUUGCAACCAAUAAAAGUUUAACAUAAGUGUGCCAGUACUUUAUCACGACGAUGAACUCAUCGAAAUAUUACAAAAUCGCAAACAAAGGUCACCGGCACUGAGCUAAUCAAUUUCAUGUUGUUGUUUUUUUUUGCAAUAGAAAACCAGUUUCAUCGAAGCUAUAUGAAUUUUCAUAUUUGAAAUCUAUUUUUAAACAUUUUUGUGUGUAUUUGUAUGUGCAUGAGUGAACAAAGCAAACAGAGUGACAGAAACGUUCAUGAAAUACUGAAAGGAAAAUGAGUGAAAUAAACCCGGAAUCACAGACUGAUGGAGCGGCUCAAGAGCUGCAGAAACCCGUACGAGCACCGUCACCGACCCCAUCAGAGAAAUCAAUUAAAAGUGAUGUGUCGACUGCAUCGUCCCGAUUGCUAAAGCCAACGGGCAUGAGACCGCCAUCGUCCACAGCUACCAUUCGAAAACCAUCUACCUCAUCGAUUACGGUAACUUCAACACCGGUCUCAAGCAGAAUCGGCCGCUUAUGCACAGCGCAUGGCCACGGUGCAAAAGCUGGUCCACCUCCGUUAGAAUUACACAAAAACGAAUCCGAAACAUCAGCCGAUAAAAUGCGACGUCAAAGUGAUGAAUAUUCACGUUCACAUCUCGCAGAUGUGUAUGAAGAAAGUGAAUCUGAUUUGAUGUCAGAGCGAAACAAUAACGAUACGUAUCGAUCCUCAAUGUCUCAAUCACCGGAAGUGAAAGGAAUGAAAAACGAUAGAAAACUCUCAAACCAAGGUGUGGUGUUGACAACAGAUACCGAUCAAUUCAUUAUCGGUCAGCGUGUUUUUGUUGGUGGACAUCGCCCAGGCCAAAUUGCUUUUAUAGGUGAAACACAUUUUGCACCCGGUGAUUGGGCUGGCAUUGUGUUGGAUGAUACAAGUGGUAAAAAUGAUGGAUGCGUCUCGGGAAAGCGAUACUUCCAAUGCGAGCCAAAACGAGGCAUUUUCUCCAGACUCACACGACUCACAUUGGAACCCUUGGGUGAUAUAACAUGUAGCUCGCCAACAUAUUCGAUGAACACAAGCGUUCGAUCAAUAUCAUCGCCACCACGCUCCGGCACCGUCAGUCCAACACGCAGCGUGUCCAGUUAUGUCGGCAAAUCACCAUCAAAAACCAAUUUGAGUGUUGGAGAUCGGGUGAUUGUUUCGUCUGGAAUGGGAAGUCGUGCUGGAAUUUUGCAGUACAUCGGUGAAACGAAAUUUGCUCCAGGAAAUUGGUGUGGUGUUCAAUUGGAUGAACCAAGCGGCAAAAAUGACGGAACCGUCGAUGGUGUGCAGUAUUUCAAUUGUCCGCCGAAUUUUGGUAUUUUUGUUCCUUUGGCUAAGGUAUCAUUGUCACCGCUAUCGCGUAAAUCACGUUUGUCGCGUGCCGGUUCCAAGGAAUCGCUCAAUUCAAUCGGCACCAUGGGCAGUAUUACAUCAACUAACACAUCUCGCUUACGAAUGAGCGCACAGCGUUUAUCGUCUGCAGCAAAACCUCCGGCGAGUACGUCGAAGAAUACAUUCUCACUGCAGGAUCUGUUGCGAGAGAAGCAAAAUCAUAUUGAACAGCUGAUUUUGGAACGUGAUUUGACUCGCCAACAAACCGAAAAUGAUACGAUGGUGUUCCAAAAGGAAAUUCGUCAGUUGCGUGAACGAGUGGCCACCCUAGAGAGACAGCUGGAAGAGGAGCGAUUGAAGUCCGAAGAUCUUCAAUUCCGAAUCGAUGAAGCGACAAUCUGCGGAGGCAACGAAACGAAAGUCCAGAUUGAAUCGAAGGCCGCGCAAUUGGACGAAUACAGAGAGAAGAUUGCUGGUUUGGAGAAACAAUUGCUGGAGGCAAAUGCUAACAAACCGAAUGAAGAAGAAAUCAACGCGCUUAAACUGAAAAUCGAAGAACUAACAAAACUGCAGACUGACUACAAACAAAAGUUGCAGGAGAUCACUGAACUACAGACUCGUUGUGAUAGUUUGUCGAAGGAGUGUGAGCAGCUCAAGGAGGAUAAAGAUGAGUUCGAAAAGUCAUGUGAGAUAAAAAUAUCCAGUUUGGGUGUGAGUGAGACGUGCUUGCGAGAGGAGAUUGACUUUUUGAAGCGGCAAAAUGAAGACCUCAAGAGUGAGCUGGUGGGCAAGGAUGCGGCCAGUGAAAAACAAUACUUGGAUAUGAAACAAAUCGAAAACGAUUUGAGAGAUGAGCUCAUCUCCGCACAGAAUCAAUUGAAACAAGCAUUGGUCAGCGGUGAAAAGGAUAUCGAAAAAUUGGUCAAUGCUAAAGAUGCCGAAAUUAUUGCUCAAAAAGAGGAAAUCGAAUCGUUGGAACGGCAAUAUGCCGAAGCCUUAAAGGAAAAAGAACAGGCGGUGUCGGUAAAAAGAACGGAACAAGCGGCACUUUCUUCAGCUAACGAUAAAUAUGCUGAAAUUCUUGGCGAAUGGGAAGUUUCAAAAAAAUCGGUCGAGGCUCAUAUGGCCACAAUUCAAGAUUUGCAAAAGACAUUAGAAGAAAAGACACAAAAUAUUGAACAGCUUAGCAAAGACAUUCAAACAACGCAGGCAGCUGUUGAGUUUAACAAGCAGGAAAUUGCCACAAAAGAGGGCAUAAUUUCGACAUUGCAAGCGAUGAAUAACGAAAAGGAAACCAAACACGAUGAACUUCAAGGAAAAUUGGACAAAACCAACGCUGAAUUAAGCCAGGUGCGUGAAGUCGUUGUCGUCGAAAAAGAUAAGCACAUUGCGAAACUGGCUCAGGACAUUUCGGAGUUGACGCAACGAAUUGAUGAGAUUAUGGGGGUGAAAUCGAAAUUUGAGACCGAGGCCGCAUCGAAAACAAAAGAAUUGGUUGAGGCCCAAAAGAAAUAUGCUCAAUUACAGAAGACUUUGGAAACCGAACGGAAUCAAUCGAAUAACGAAAAAUCGAAGGAGAUCGAUAAUUUAAGAACAACAUUGAAUACAGUCGAAGAUAGUAAUAAAGAAUUGACGGAACAAAUUACAAAACAGAAAAAUGUUAUCGAAUCACAUGAAAACACGUUGAAAUCAUUACAAGAGAAAUUGGCAGAAACUCAGGUGCAAAACGACAACAACGAGUCGACAGUAGACAAUCUUAAUUUGGAGCUCAAAAAGCAGAAUAAUCAAUUGGCAGAUUUGGCCAAGGCAAAUUCAGAUCUGAAGUCAAAAGCUGCCGAGCUUCAAAAUUCAUUGGACACAUCGCUCGAGGAAAAUGACAAGAAAGAGCGGCAGCUCAAGAAUUUGAAACAGAAAUGUGAACAAUUGCAAAUUCAAGUCGAACAAGGAACCACUGAUGCUGAGAAGGGAAAAGCAUCGAUUGAUGAACUAAACACCAAAAUCCAAUCACUUUCAAACGAAUUGACCGGAAAAGCAGAGAAGCUAUUGAAAUUAGAAGUCGAUUAUGCCGAUUCGGAACGUAAACAAAUUGUGUCUGAAGAGAAAUUGGAGCAGCUAUUGAGUGAAAAGACAUCAUUGCAGCAAAAUCUCGAAGCCCUACAAUCUUCGUCGUCAGAUUCAAACACGGAAAUUCGUCGAUUGGUUGAAGACCUCAAAGCCAAACAAGAGGCGUAUGAUUUACUGGUUGAUUCGUCGAACGAAACGAAAUUGAACCUUGAGAAGUCAUUGCAUGAAACCCAACAGAAUUUGGCAGCUCGCACUUCGCAACACGAUAAACUUAAAAAUGAAAUGAAUUCACUCACCGCACAGAAGAUCGACCGAGAGAAUGAACUGAAUUUGGAAUUGUCGAAAAUUAAGGAGGCUUAUGAAUCGGAGGCUGAAGCUCUGAAAAACGAAAUCGACGCGUUGAAAAUGUCGUUUAGAGAAGAAAAAGAGCGAUUGCAUAACGAACGUCAAGAAAGUGUAACCGUGUCCGAUCGUCAAUUAGCUGAACACAAGUCUACCAUUGACAAUUUGGAAAAUACGAUCAAAAAUUUGCAAAAGGAAAUUUCCAAUACGAACACCGAUCUUGAGCAAAGAAUGAAUGAAUUGACAUCGGCUUCGAAUAAGGUCAAUGAUUUGGAAUCGAUGUUGAAUGAAAAAAUCGCCCAUACCAAGCAGGCGGAAGAAAAGGCAAAGGGUAUUGAAAAGGCACUCAAUGAAAAGUUGACCGCCAAAGAUAAUGAAAUUCAAUUGAUCACCGCUCAAAUUCAAAGCCUUGAAGAAAGAUUGUCAGCUGCCGAAAGUGAAGCGGAAAAGGUUUCAGACGAUAAAAAUACUGUGGAAACUUCAUUGAGGAAGCAAAUCAUUGCUCUUGAAGAGGCGAAUAAAGUCAUUUCGGAAGAGAAGAAGCAAACGGUGGACAAAUUGAGUGAAUUGGAGAGCAAAUACAAUACACUCGGUGAGUCUUUCCGUGAUACAGAAGAUGAACAGGUGGAUUUGGUGAACAAAAAUCUCGAGUAUCAACGACAAGUCGAUGAAUUAUUGCAAACCGUCAGCGCGAUGGAUGAAUUGAAGCAGAAGAUUCAACAGCAAGAGACCGAUAUGUCCGGUGCAACCGCUCAAAUUCAAUCGUUACAAAAAGAACUGGAAGAGAAAACUGCUACUUUCACAAACGAAAGAGCUGCUACAGCGGAACAAGUAAAAUUGAUCGAGUCCCAAUUGCGAAACACAAAUGAAAACUUCCAAAAAUAUAAGAAUGAUGCAGAACAGGCAAAGACUGAAAUCGAAAAUCUAAUCAAGUCCACUGUAAAUGAAUCGAACGAAAAGGAUAAAAUCAUCAAAGCGCUCGAAGAGAAAGUGUCACAAUUGGCACCGUCAGUGAAUCUAUCGGAUGAUUUGAAGAAUGAAUUAAAGGAUAAAUCUGAAGAACUCAAGCUCAAGGAAUCCAACAUUGUUGAGCUCAUUAAAACGGUUGAUGACCUGAAGAAGCAAUGCGCCGAAAAGGAUGCCAAUUUGGCCAGUGCACUGAAAGAAAAUGAGGCAAAAAAUAAACGGUCUUCGGAUGAAAUUCAACAGAAAACCCGAGAGUUGGGCGAAGCACACAAGAAAAUCGCUGCUGCUGCAACGGUCGAUUCGGAAAAUAAACAGCUAAAAGAUAAAAUCACCGAGUUGACCAAUAAUUUGGAUCGUAUUCAAAUUGAAAACCAACAAAAGGUCAGAGAAAUGUCGGAGAAUAGCUCAACUCAAACCAACGAAUUGGCCAACCUUCGGGCAGAGCUUGUACAAAUAGAAGAAAUGAAAAAGAAAGAAAUCGAAGAAUUAACGCUGAAAUUGUGGGAUAGCGAAGCCAAAGUACAAGAACAAUCGGAUAACAUUGAUAAGUUGAACGAGAGCCAAUCGAAUGAUGAAGAAGCAACACGAGCACUUAAGACACGCGAAGCCGAACUUUUGUUGGCGAACAAGAAAUUAGAGGGAGAAAUUAUCACGCUGAAAUCUACAGUGAAAGAGAAGGAACGUUUGCUUGCCGUUGUAGAGGCGACGACAUUACCGAAACAAGCGGAAAGUUUCGUCGCUGAAGGUGAACCAGGUGCACAAAUUUCAUUCUUGAAUUCCAUCAUCGCAGAUAUGCAACGGAAAAAUGAGGCGCUCAAGGAACAAAUUCGAUCGGCUGAACUAUUCAAAAACCCGAUAUUCGACAUGCCAGCGGUGAAGAGACUGCCAGCGCCACGUUUAUUCUGCGACAUUUGCGAUGAAUUCGAUAAACAUGAUACUGAAGACUGUCCCGUUCAAUCGUCUGAAUCUAGUCCGAUGCAUACAAUAGCUGGUAACUCGAAGCCAAUUAAUAAUGGUCAAGUGAAUGCCGACGGAACAAAGAAGCGCGUGCUACCACCACCUCGGAAAUACUGUGAAGUUUGUGAAGAGUUUGACCACGAGGCGGGUGAAUGUAACGCCGAAGAGACGUAUUAAAAUGAUCAUUAUAUCGAAAAUGCGACGAGUUACCACGAAUUCGACCUCAGCCAGAAUUCUUGUGUAGUAUUAAUUGAAUAAUGGAACGAAUGAAAUGAAAAUGAUUCAUAUUGUCUGUUUUUUGAAUGCUUUAGUACAAUUUAAAUUAUUAUUAUUAUUAGAGAGAAUAUUCGAAUUUUUUUUGGAGUUUUUAGCAUGAAAUUUCGUUUUUAAUCUAACAUUUACAUCGGAAAACAAAUAUAGUUGAAUUGUCUUUUACAAUGAAAAUAAAAUAUCAAUGAAUUCAAAUCGA